GUUUAAUAGUUGGGAGACGUCGGGACAAAUUUGUAAUUCUCGUUUGAAGUGAAACGCUCACUGCUGGAAAGAAAAGAUGGGUUCCAUUGAUGAGGUUUUAUGGACUGGAACGGCCUAUGUUCAAGGUCGAGCCACGGCUAAACUCCUUGCGAGUGAUCUUGAGCUGAGCUUCUGGGGAGGCGUUGACCCCCAGACCAGUGAGAUCAUUGACCGACACCAUCCAUUGAGUGGAGAAAAUCUCCAAGGCACUGUCCUCGCUAUUCCGGGAGGUCGAGGAUCAUGCACAGGUAGCGGUGUUAUGCUUGAGCUGUUGCUCAAUGGCAAAGCUCCUGAGGCAAUCAUCUUUGAGAGACGAGAGGACAUUCUUACUCUUGGAGUCAUGAUUGCAGAGGAAGUCUUUGACCAUUCUAUCCCCGUCGUGGUUUUAGACAAGGAAGACUUUCGACAUCUCAUUCGACUGAGUGGACAAACAAUAUUUGUGGACGAUGGUUAUGUGUCCACUCACCCACCGUCAAAACACCGAAAAGGUUCAGUGAUAGACACAGAGAGCGGUCUUAUUCUUGAAACGACACCAGCUCUAGAGGGAAUAAAGCUCUCAACACUGGAUCAGGAACUUCUAAGAGGAGACUACGGCGACGCAUCACGCGUCGCUAUCAGAAUCGUCCUCCGCAUGGCGCACCUCCUAGGCGCAACACGUCUUAUGGAUGUAACACAAGUCCACGUCGACGGGUGCGUCUACACUGGUCCUGCAACGCUCGCUCUAGCUGAAAGGCUUCGAGACUGGGGCGGUAAAGUCCGAAUUCCAACGACACUCAACUCUUUAUCAGUUGACCAACAGCGCUGGCGGGCUCUUGGUGUCGAUACUACUUUCGGAGAAGCAGCCGAUGCGCUCGGAAAAGCAUAUACAGACAUGGGAGCUAGACCGACAUUUACGUGCGCACCUUAUCAGCUUGAGAGUGCCCCUAAGCUUGGUGAGCAGAUUGCUUGGGCAGAGUCGAAUGCCGUUGUUUAUGCGAAUAGUGUUCUGGGGGCGCGAACCAUGAAGUACCCAGACUUUCUGGACAUCUCGAUUGCUCUGACAGGAAGGGCGCCCAGAGGAGGCCCUCAUCUCGGUAUCAAUCGACUGGCCUCUAUUUGUGUGAAGAUCGUGGGGCUGGAGGACACGACAAGACUUGAUGAUUCAUUUCCACCAUUACUGGGAUACUAUGUUGGAACUUUAUCGACCAGCCGAAUCCCUGUGAUAACAGGGCUUGAGAAGCUUGGUCUCUCAACAGAUGACCUGAAGGCCUUCGGUGCGGCUUUUGCCACGAUAUCGAGUGCCCCAAUGUUUCACAUCGUGGGCAUUACGCCAGAGGCACAGACGCUUGAGACAGUCCUCGCCCCUGGAUCCACCUCUGCUGAAGUCAAGCUGGGUGAUUUGGGAAUAUGCUGGGAUAAGCUCAACAGUGCACCAGCAAACCAACCCAUCGACCUAGUAUCACUGGGCAACCCACACUUCUCCCUCACCGAGAUACGAAAACUCGCAAAUCUUUGCAAAGGGCGACGAAAAGCCUCUAGAGUAUCCCUUAUCGUUACGUGCGGUCGAUCAGUGUAUAAACUCGCUGAACAAGCAGGUCUUGUAGCCCAACUAGAGGAUUUCGGGGUGCAGAUAUUGACAGAUAUUUGCUGGUGCAUGGUAACAGAGCCUGUGAUCCCAACGACGGCAAAGACAAUCAUGACGAAUUCUGGGAAAUAUGCCCAUUAUGGGCCGGGCCUUACAGGGAGGGGGAUGUACUUUGGUAGUCUGGCUGGGUGUGUUGAAGCUGCUUGUUCAGGAACAUAUGAAGCUGAGAAGCCAGGGUGGCUUGAAAGUAAAGGAGCCAUAUAGAAGUUAAAUUCAAUAUGAGAAUUCCUAAGAGGACACGAGAUUCUGUUGAGCAGCG